AUGGACCCUGUGGUUCUCAGCUACAUGGACAGUUUGCUGAGGCAGUCAGAUGUCUCCUUGCUGGACCCCCCAAACUGGCUUAACGACCACAUCAUCGGGUUUGCCUUCGAGUAUUUCACCAACCACCAGUUCCAAGAGUUUAGUGAUCAGGUUUGUUUCAUCAGCCCCGAGGUGGCUCAGUUCAUCAAAUGUGCCCUUAGUCAGGAAGAAAUAGCCAUAUUCCUUCAACCACUGGACCUUCUCCACAAGAAGCUGGUGUUCUUGCCUAUCAAUGACAACUCCAACCAGGCUGCUGGGGGCACCCACUGGAGCUUACUGGUCUAUUUCAGGGACAAAAAGUGCUUUGCCCAUUAUGAUUCCCACAGUAAAUGCAACUCUGUCCAUGCCAAGCAAGCGGCAGGGAAGCUGGAGGCCUUCUUGGACAAUAGAGGGGGCAAAACCACCUUUGUGGAGGAGAAGGCACCUGCCCAGCAGAACAGCUAUGACUGUGGGAUGUAUGUGAUCUGCAAUGCAGAGGCUGUGUGUCAGGGAUACAUCAGGGGCCGGCCAGAGCCUUUGCUGCAGCUCCUCACCCCCUCCUACGUCACGCAGAAGAGGUCCGAGUGGAAAGCUCUCAUCACCAGACUGGCACAGAAGUGA